AGCGAUUGUCAGGUACGUGUGUAUAGUUGUUCGGAAUGAUCGUGUGUCGUGUCGUGUCAUCAAGCGAGACUUUCGGGAAGUAAGUAGUGUGCAUUUCACAUAUUCAGUAUCAGCCAAGGUCCAAGGGGCUUGUCAACAGAAAAAACACAGUGUCCAGCUAAAUGAAGAACUUGCAUUUUUGCCUGCUUGCCUUGAUUGGCAUUCUUCACGUGGCAUAUUUACAGGCUGAGCUAGUCCCACAGGAACCUGCAGAGCCUCAGAAAGUUGAAAAUGGAGGUGACAAUAUUGAGUUUCAAGACGAAGACAGAAAAGAUGAAACCAAAAAGACAUCAAUUACAGCAAGCGGUCUUGGAUUUGUUCACGGCUUUCUUGCCUCGCUCUCUGUGAUCAUUGUCAGCGAGCUCGGUGACAAGACGUUCUUCAUCGCAGCCAUCAUGGCCAUGAGACACCCAAGAUUAACAAUUUUUACUGGCGCACUUCUAGCACUUGCAAUUAUGACCAUUUUAUCAGCAUUUCUUGGAUUUGCUACUACUGUAAUUCCGAGAGCAUUCACCUAUUACGCUUCUACGGCACUAUUCGCAAUAUUUGGCUUGAAGAUGCUUCGGGAUGGUUUUAAAAUGUCACACGAUGAGGGACAAGAGGAGUUUGAAGAGGUUCAAGCGGAUCUUAAGCGACGGGAUGAAGAGAGAGAAAAAGAGUCCAUGGCAGGGGUCACAGAAGAUCCGGAGUCGGGGAUUAUUCGAGUGCAAGGCCCACCAAAAUUUUUAGGCAUUUUUUCACCAAUAUUUUUACAAGCAUUAACGUUAACGUUUUUAGCAGAGUGGGGCGAUAGAUCACAGAUAACAACAAUCAUUUUGGCAGCUAGAGAGAAUGUAUUUGGUGUUACGAUAGGUGGCAUCUUAGGCCAUGCUAUUUGCACUGCUCUUGCCGUUAUAGGAGGAAGAAUGAUAGCACAAAGGAUCUCUGUAAAAACUGUUACUCUUAUAGGAGGCGUUGUCUUCUUAGUAUUUGCACUGUCAGCACUUUUCUUCAAUCCUGAUGAUUAGAUCUAAGGAAAUGUUACUACGUAACCUUUGAACUUCUCAACACCUGUGGCCAUCUGAAAUUGGGUUGAGAAAACAAAUAUAUAUAUAUAUACGUUCCACAAUGACUUUUAUAAAUUUAAGCAAGGUUGGUGUUAUAAUGGUAAAUGACACCUGAAUUUAGCAGAUAGGGUAUAAAAAUUGAGACUGAGGUGCCAAGCUUGAUUAGCUCUAGCUAUACCUUGGUCACCUUUUGUAUUCAUGAAAACACAUGCCGGGGUGGCACCAACAGGGGUCCACAGGGUGUGGAGAGCAACACCUGUAUCUUGUAGGUGUGGUGAUCAACACCUGUAUCCUGCAGGUGUGGUCAUCAACACCUGCAUCUUGCAGGUGAGGUGAGCAACACCUGUAUCUUGCAGGUGCGAUGAACAACACCUGUAUCUUGCAGGUGUAGUGAGUAACACCUGUAUCUUGCAGGUGUGGUUAACACACCUGUAUCCUGCAGAUGUGGUGAGAAACACCUGUAUUUUGCAGCUGUGCCUCUGCAUAUUCCAUUGUGCACAAAUCAUUUUCAUAUUAAUUUAUAUAUGUAAUGUAAAUUACUUAGAUAUAAUUAAAAUGUGUACAUAUAUCACAGUUUAAAUGGUUGCAAAAUCCCCAUAUGUUAAUUUUAAAAUAUAUGGUACAAUAUAUUUUUUUUAACUUUCAUUAUAUGGCCUAAUACAAGGUUAGUUAAUCCAUAGAGAAAAUCCAUUUUCUCUAUGGUUAAUCAUUAAUGGCUGGUGGUAAAAUAUGGAAAUUUUACCACUUAUUCUUUCAUCCAAUCAUGCACAUGCAUAAUUGUCCAGUACUCAGGGAUCUUAAGUCUCCUACAAGUUGCGGGAUUCUUGUGGAAAUCGGGAGGGAAGUGGGCUCCAACGCUCCUGUAAGCAAGAGGUGGUCCAGUCCUGUCCGAUGGAGGCGCCAAACGCCUGUUCGACUAGGGACACCCGAGUACUUCAAAAAAUAAUUUUCAUUGAAAUGAUAUUUUAGAAUAUCUCAAAGGAUUUAUGACCAUUUUCAAUUAUUUAAAAUUUGAUGAGCAUUAAAAUAGAGAAAGAAAUUAAAUUUUGAUACCGAAAUAGAGAGAAAAUCUAAGAGAAGAAAUAUAAAAUUAAAAGUCUAUGACAAUAGUGUAAAAGUCUAUGACAAUACUUUCUUUAACUAAAAAUUUUUUGCAACUAAGAUGUUUGAUUUAUUAUAAUUUUCUGUUUAAAUAUGGGGCUUGCCAUCCCAUAAUAUUAUAGCUAAUUGUUAAACUGAGUAAUUAGCAUAUGAAUGUGACAGUAUUGUAUACUUUAGUACAGAGAAGCUGUAAUACUUUUACUCAUAACUUUGGCAAUAGAAAGUCGAUUCUAGUAAAUGACCCAUCAUUUUUAAGCUUAUAAUUUGGAGAAUAACAAUUUAUUAAAAAGUUAAUUUUAAUUGUCACUGAUGUUUUGGGAUGGCAGACCUCAUACAUAUGGUUUAUAAUAAAAAUGUUAGUCACUGACUUCACAAACUUGAUGCAAAAUUGCAUGGAUCAGAAUGUAAUGCAACAAGUAUUUAGAGGACAUGUCUAUGGUGGUACAUGCACUGAUUCUUGCAUUCUUUUUAAUGUCAGUGACAUUAUAUUUACUGUGUAUUCCAUCAAGGAUUUAGAAAUGUACAGUUAAAAAUUCUUGAUUCUAGUGGGAUUAUGUCAUAUACUCCUGGAAAAUUAUCCCUGGCAAGUACAUUAUCUCCCAGAUAAACAACCCUAGGACAAAGCAGGGGUGGCACCAGUAGGUCCCCAACAGGGGGGCCCAGUGUCCCUGACGAAGGCAAAGUGGGCAUGGUUGAGCUGUGAUUAAAAGGUCCUGAAAGUGGUCCUGCGGGCGAAGCCCUUGAAAAUAUCG